AUGUCCUACGCAGAGUUCAACACCUCAGCAACAGAAUCGACAUUAGAUGUCAAUACCACUGAGGGAGUAUGUGAUCCAAAGAGAGAUCCCACAUGUCCUACUUCAGCUACUACUAUUAAUACUACAACAGAGUUCAACACCUCAGCAUCAGCAUCAACUACAGAAUCAACAGUGCAUGUCAGUACAACAGAGGGAGUUUGUGAUCCGAAAAAAGACGCCACUUGUUCUACUACAGUGUCUACUUUAAGUCAAACAACAAAAUUCAACACUACAACUACGGAAUCCAAGUUAAGUUCAAAUGCCACAAAAGGAGUAUGCAAUCCAUUAAAAGAUCCCACAUGUCCCACUACUUCAACUACUAUCAGUACCACAUCAGAGUUCAACUCCUCUCUUACAGAAUCAACAGUAGAAAUAAAUACCACACAGGGAAUGUGCAAUCCCAAGCAAGAUCCCAUGUGUCCUACUACAGCAACUACCGUUAAUGCCACAGCAGAGUUCAACACCUUAACAACAGAAUUGACAUUAGAUGUCAAUAAUACCACUGAGGGAGUAUGUGAUCCAAAGAAAGAUCCCACAUGUCCUACUACAGCAACUACUAUUAAUACUACAGAAGAGUUCAACACCACGACUACAGAAUCCAAGUUAAGUUCAAAUGCCACAGAAGGAGUGUGCAAUCCAAUAAAAGAUCCCACAUGUCCCACUACUUCAACUGCUAUCAGUACCACAUCAGAGUUCAACUCCUCUCCUACAAAAUCAACAGUAGAUAUAAAUACCACACAGGGAAUGUGCAAUCCCAAGCAAGAUCCCUUGUGUCCUACUACAGUAACUACCGUCAAUGCCACAGCAGAGUUCAACACCUCAACAACAGAAUCGACAUUAGAUGUCAAUACCACUGAGGGAGUAUGUGAUCCAAAGAAAGAUCCUACAUGUCCUACUACAGCAACUACUAUUAACACUACAGCAGAGUUCAACACUACGACUAUAGAAUCGAAGUUAAGUUCAAAUGCCACAGAAGGAGUAUGCAAUCAAAUAAAAGAUCCCACAUGUCCCACUACUUCAACUGCUAUCAGUACCACAUCAGACUUCAACUCUUCUCUCACAGAAUCAACAGUAGAUAUAAAUACCACACAGGGAAUGUGCAAUCCGAAGCAAGAUCCCAUGUGUCCUACUACAGCAACUACCAUCAAUGCCACAGCAGAGUUCAACACCUCAGCAUCAGCAUCAUCUACAGAAUCAACAGUGCAUGUCAGUACGACAGAGGGUGUUUGUGAUCCGAAAAAAGAAGCCACUUGUUCUACUACAGUGUCUACUUUAAGUCAAACAACAAAAUUCAACACUACGAUUACGGAAUCCAAGUUAAGUUCAAAUGCCACAGAAGGAGUAUGCAAUCCAUUAAAAGAUCCCACAUGUCCCACUACUUCAACUACUAUCAGUACCACAUCAGAGUUCAACUCUUCUCUUACAAAAUCAACAGUAGAAAUAAAUACCACACAGGGAAUGUGCAAUCCUAAGCAAGAUCCCAGUGUCCUACUACGCACUACCGUCAAUGCCCACAGCAGAGUCAAACACUCAUCUAACAGAUCGACAUUAGAUUGUCAAUAG